UUCUCGAUUUGAACUUCAUGUUUUUGGAAUUAAGUCAUUGUUUAUUUGGUUAACAAAGGGUCUUUAAACUUGACAAUAUCUUCUGAGGGUGUUGAAGAAUUGUUUUCUUCUUCUUUCAAAUCAGUUAAUAAACAGAUCAUGUCUAUGGCAUUUCAAGCAACAAGUUCUGGCCAAGAGAUAAAGAACCGCAAGCUUCUUGAACAGCUGGAGGAGCAGAAGAAGCGACUUCGUCUCCAGUCUCACGGUGGAGCGGCCGCAGCCGGCUCAAGCGCAGGGAGCACGGCCAACACUCCAAGUGUUCCCACCCCACCCGUCAGCCAGCUUCCUCCAGCACCAGUACAGCCCCCUCCAGCAUCAAUUUUAUUCACUGAUCAGCAGCAUAUGACUCCCCAGCAGAGGGCAGCACUUCAGCACGCACACGCCAACUCAGUGGGAUAUUACAUCACUCAAGACUCUUCGUUUGGAAAUCUCAUUCUUCCUGUGUUGCCCAGAUUCGACAAGACUGCUACUGAAUGAGACAGAAGAUUCGACAAACUGCUACUGAAUGAGACAAACAAGAUUCGACAAGACUGCUACUGAAUGAGACAGAAGAUUCGACAAGACUGCUACUGAAUGAGACAGACGAUUCGACAAGACUGCUACUGAAUGAGACAGAAGAUUCGACAAGAUUGCUACUGAAUGAGACACACCAAACUUAUGACUCAUAACAGCUUGCUGGCUCCAGUCUUGUGCACUACUUUCAUUAAGAAAUCUAUUAUGGCCGGGAAUAUGCCAUGGUUUAGUAAUCUAAACGGUGUGAAGGGCUGAGAUGAGGCUCGGUGGGAGAAAGCUCAACAGAGACGCAGUGGGUCAAAGAAUGAAGGGCUCUCCGUGGUUAUUUCUGUGACAACCAGUGCCCUGUGACUGGUACACCAAAGGCAGUGUCUUAGAGGAAGUGCAGAUAAAAUAUAUCUGCUCAGCUUUGCUGUUGUACGAGAGGUGUGCGUGUGUGUGUGCGCGCGUGUGCGCGUGCAUGCGUGUGUGGUUUCCCAUUUGUUCGUGAAUUUGUGAAAUUCAUCUGAUGAGAAUUGUGGACCAUUGUCACUUACCGGUACUAAGUAAUCUGGCAUUCCAUAUCUUGCGAAGUGAGCUUUCAAUUUUGUAAUGACAGUUUUAGCUUUGUAUUAUACAAACAAUCAAUUUUCCAAACGUAUGACUUGUAGUAGACAGUUAUCAGGUAGUCUUUGCCAUGAUAGGAAAGUAUAUCAAUAUCAACCUAAUCCCAUGCUCUUUCAGGAAUAUCAUAACUCAUGAGUUUCAUUCAGUUGAGUCUGUUCGAAUUCACAACAAAUUUCGCAAGUUCCACAUACCGGUAUAUAUUCAUAUAAUUGGAAGUAGUUUCAGUGAAGAGAAAAUAAUUUGUCAAACAGGUUCUUGUAUUAACUUUGUGUUAAUGGUGUUCAAGAAUAGGAAAUGUUUUAUUUAACGACACACUUAACACAUUUUAUUUAUGGUUAUAUGGCGUCAGACAUAUGGUUAAGGACCACACAUACAUGUAUAUUGAGAGAGGAAACCUGCUGUCGCCACUUC